AUGAAACAAGCUAAACAAAAUAUUUUUGACAGAAUCGCUGAAGCAAGUUUACGAGAAGGAAAAAUCCGACACCAUAACCUAAAUUCAUUAUCUCAAAAGCAGCAGCAAAAAGUCAUAAAACUUCAAAAAUCUCUACUAUAUUCCGGUCUUCAUCCUAUAUCAUUCAACCAAAGUUCUACCGAAAUUUCACGAUUUCAAGGCUUUUUAUGGGAUUCUUUGUACAAUUUUCCAAUUCUGAGUACAAAUAAUACUAAUGACACACAAACUUUUAUAUCAGCCAAAGAGUUCACAAUGCUUGCUGAUGAAGAUUUAAAAGAUAAUAUCAUUGCAAUCCAUGAAAAAAGUCCAUUUAAUAGAAGCGAAUGUGUAGAAAUUAUAGAAGAACCAUUUGGGUUUGAAACUAUGUGAAACGGCAGAGAAGAUAGCAUUGAUUCUUUAUUGAAGUUUAAAUCGUCUGAAGAAAAAUAUUUAAAAGCUGCAAAUACCUUGCUUGCUAGAGAAAAAAAAUAUUAAUAAAUAUAUAAAAAAUAAUUUUAAUGCCAAAAGUUAAGCCCUAUUUUUAUGAAAAAAUGAAAAUAAUAUUAAUAAAUAAUAUAUGAAAUUAUACUAUAAUUUAUAAACUUUUCUUCCAAUAUUUCAGCUAUGAAAAAAGACUGGAAUGAGCCUACCCCUUCUUCCUCAAUUCUAUUUGAUAUAAGUCAAUCUAACAUAGAAAGCAACAGAGAAAGUAUCUCAGAUUAUGAUUUUAGAUGCGAAAUUGGCUUAAAAGAAGCUUGAGAACACACAUUAGACAACACUCUAUCAAGCAGCGAAGAAGCAAAAAUUUCUAUAAUAAAAGAAAGCAUAACAAGCACAGUUGAGUUAAUCCCAGAACACACAGAUGAUUUAUCUCACAAUAUGUUCAGCUCUAUAGAAGCUUUAAAAUGUGCCCGAAAAGAAGGCAUGAUAAGACCUUCCCUGCUAUAUGACCCAUCAGUUACUUCAAAAGAUGAAGGUGAUAUGAGAAAAACUAUCAGAGAAUUUUUACCAAAAAAUGUGGCUUCGAAAAAUAAGCUAGGAAUUGGGUAUCAGCCUCCUUUAGCGUCAAAAUUAUUACCUAAAGUGUUAACACAGUCUACAACUAUAGCAUUUACUGAAGAUUUUGAUUCUUUGGAUUCCUCGUCUUUGAAUACUGACACAGAUCUUCCUGAUCCUUCGUCUCCUCUUUAUAGAAAGAUGGUUAUAUGUGCAGGGGAUACUGAGUCUGCAGAAAUUGCUGGCUCUAUAGCUUUUUCAGGGUUUAUAUCAGCUGCCCAAUUGGAAUUUUCUGAUAUUGAGUCAAGAUCAAAAGGGUUUAUUAAUUACAAAUUAUUUAAAAAAGACACUCUAACUGCGCUGUUUUCGCCUUAUAUAUUGACGAAUUUGCUGAAUAUGCCAGUUUCAUGGAUUUCUUGUGGAUUUGAGCAUUGUUGUUUGCUUACAGCUUCAGGAAAAAUUAUGAGUUGAGGAUAUGGAAUUUCUGGAUGCUUGCUCCUCCUGUGAGAGAGAUAAAUUUUUUGGUAAUGUCAUAAUAAGGUAAUUUUUUUAAUUUUAUAUUUAAGAAGGAAAAAGCAAUAUAAUUUAAAUUCUAUUUUUAAAGCGUAAAACUUUCAUUAUAAUUUAUUUAUAUGUCAAAUAUUAUAUAAAAAUUGUUGCUUGCUCUGAUUAAAUUGCACAUAUAGGAUUUAAGAACAGUUUUGCUCACCUAUGGGGAGUUAGGCCAUGGGGACACUAAUUCUUAUAUAUACCCUGCAAUUAUUUCAAGUAUUUCUAAUAAGCUUUUUAUAUAUCUGGAGUGUGGAGGAUAUCACACAGCAGCUAUAUCAGCAGAAGGAGAAUUAUUUACAUGAGGAAGAGGUGAUGUCAAUCAAUUAGGAAUUCCUAAAAAAGCAUUAUCAAAAGACGAAUUCGGCUACAGAGCUUUAAAUCCUUUGAGAGUUGAAUUUUUUUAUAGAAACCAUAAUAAAAUCAGAGGAAUUGCCUGUGGAGAAGCACAUACUUUGGCGUUUGAUUCUGAAGGGAAUAUAUAUGCAUUUGGAUGAGCUGAAGACGGACAGCUAGGACUACCAUCUAAUGAGCUAAAAAGAAAUAUGAAAACAAAAAAUAUAAAACAAAUUAAAAGCUUGGCCGAACAAAGAAUUAUAAAAGUGGGUGCUGGAGCUAUUUUUUCAGCUGCAUUGAGUGAUGAAGGACAGCUUUUUACUUGGGGAAAUGGGGAACAAGGACAAUUAGGUCUUUGUAAUGGUGCAAAAUUUUCAGAUUUUCCUUUGCCAGUGGAAUAUUUAAACAAAGAAUUUAUAAUAGAUUUCAUAUGUGGAGAAUCUCAUAUUAUUUGUUUAUCUCAAACAGGAAGGCUGUAUGGAUGGGGGAUGGGAAUUGCAGGAUUAUUUAAAAAUUGUCAGAAUGCAUACCCAGUAGGCUCAGAAAUAAUUUGUUAUCAGCCAAGAAUCCUCUCCGAGCUGGUAUCCUAAAUUACUUAGAAUAGUCCUGCAAAAGGUUAAAUCAACAAAAAUAGCGCACUCAAAAUAAUUAGUAUUCCAAAUGUAAUGUUCAGAUACAUUUUUUGCACAUUAAAUAUUUUUGACAUGUGAACUUUAAUUUCCAAAUGAAAAUAUAAUUGCAAAACCGCAGUUGGAAUACCUAUUGCUCUGCUCAAAAGGUGUCUGCUACAGACCAAUUAUAAGCAUUUACUAUAAUUGCUCAUCGGUUUAUUACGCCGAAAAAAUAUAUAGAGGACUAA